AUUCUGGCCUUAGUUUUAAUGCUUUUUAAGUAAUCAGUAAUCAGCUGAUUUUUGAGUAGAGUAAAUAAGCGUGGUUGUGAAAAUAUUGUGUUGAAAUAAUAAGAAAAUAUAAUGAAAGAAGCAACGAAAGAAUUACAGGAGGCUCUUAAAUACAACUUGUCAUUUGCUGGGUGUGGAUUUUUGGGGAUUUAUUAUGUCGGUGUUGCUGUAUGUUUCAGGAAAUAUGCUCCACACUUACUUCUACAAAAGAUAUCUGGUGCAUCCGCUGGAUCUUUAGCAGCCUGUUCAUUACUGCUUGACAUGCCUUUAGGUGAAAUGACAUCUGAUUUUUUUCGCAUUGUAAAUGAGGCUCGAUCACAUUCUCUUGGUCCAUUUUCACCAUCAUUCGAUAUUCAAACAUGUAUUUUAGAAGGAAUGCGUAAAGCAAUGCCAGAGGAUGCUCACUUGAGAGUAAAUGGAAAGCUCCAUAUCUCACUUACUCGUGUUUAUGAUGGAAAAAGUAUAAUUGUGUCACAAUUUAACAGCCGUGAAGAUCUUUUGCAGGCUCUCUUGUGUGCAUGUUUUAUUCCAGGAUUUUCAGGAAUUUUGCCACCUAAAUUUCAUGGCGUACGAUAUAUGGAUGGUGCAUUUUCGGAUAACUUACCAUUGUUGGACGAGAACACUGUUACCGUUAGUCCUUUUUCAGGAGAAACAGACAUUUGUCCUCGUGAUGAUUCUUCACAAAUGUUCCAUUUGAACUUAUCAAAUACAAGCAUUGAGUUAAGUAAGCAGAAUGUCUAUCGCUUUAUGAGAAUCUUAUUUCCACCAAAGCCAGAAAUUUUAUCGAAUAUGUGUCAGCAAGGAUUUGAUGACGCACUUCAUUUCUUGCAUCGAAAUAAUUUGAUAAGCUGCACCAGAUGUCUUGCUAUUCAAUCUACAUUUGUUCUUUCUAACUCCACGCCUGAACAUUAUGAUCCUGAAUGUAAAAUGUGCACUACGUCACGAGAGAAAUUAAUGAAAGAGAAAAAGUUACCCGAACAAGUUAUAGAUGCAAUGGCAAAAUACAUAGAAGAAUCAAAUAAUGGCUUCGUCAAAUGGUUCAAAACUCCUGCUGUGUACUUACUUAAGACGAUCGGAAUGCCAGCUUCAAUCCCUUGUGAUAUUGUCUAUGCAACACUUACUAAUUUUCAAUGCGGAAAAAUAGAAAGGCGUAAAAUGAAAUUUUGCGUGCGUUGUAUUAUGAAAACACACAGACAGAAUACAAGGGAAUAUGCUAAGCUGAUACAUGAUUACGAAAGAUUACUUGCAACAGCGCCGACAGUACAAAAGACAAUAUGGGGACUUACUAAAUUCUUCAUGGAAAAUUUGCAUCGAUUGUUUAUUCCACGUUUUGGGUCUUCUGAUAAUACUAAUGCUGAGUACGACGAGACAUUAAAAUCUAUGUAUGAUAAAGAUCCGAUACUGAAGCAUUUUAAUCAUAUUGAAAACAGAAAAUCAAUUGUAUCACUAGUCGAUUCAUCAGAAGCUUUAGAAUCAGACUUUGAAAUUCGAGGCAAUAUGCUAUCAAGACGAAACAGCUUAUCUAUGAUAUCACGUCGUAACAGUGCAAUACCACAACAAUCAUUAAUGAUUUCAAGUUAUCAUUCAUCUGAUGUUGACACACUAGAUCAAGUUGUAAAUGUCGCAGCUACGAACACUCUCUACUCAUAUUACUAUACUGACGAAACUGACAAAACGAUGAGAUUUAACAAAAUUGUUGAUGUGACCGAAUGUGACGAAAUGUUUGUACAAACUCAUAGUGAGCGCAUUGCAAAUCAAAUGCUUCAAUAUGAUGAAUUAGAUAUUAACAUGAUGUUAGAUAAUGAUGAUGACUAUUCUGAUCAAGUAAUUGAUAAUCUUGAGCAUGAACUUGCCAUCAUUCAUCCUGAAUCUGUCGAGUUAUUAGACGAUUGGAAAUGUGCUGAGAUUAAAGUAGAUGAGAUUGUGAGCGAUGCGAUGGAAAAUGAAGAGAAACGACUUGAUUUAUCGUCGGCAGAUAGCAACGCAUCAAUGGAAUCAAUGGAUUCAUUUUUUAAGCCAGAAGCUGACCAAAAUGGAAAUAAUACUGAACAAAUUUUAUCUGAUGAUAUUGCUUUUGCCAUGAGACGUAAUAAUCGUGAUAUAUUAACGCUCACGCAGGCAGCCGAUGAUUGAAUACAAUAUUUUUUUCAUUACAUUUUCCACAUAGAAAAUUUCUUUUCUCCUACCUCAUCAUGACUAGCCAUUAUUUAAUCAUUAUUUUUUAAUUUUACAAUAAUUUUUUGUUUCACAUAUCUUUCAUUUUCAUUUGAGCUCACGUUUUCAAUUCAUACUAUUUGAGCAAACUAAUUUUAACGAAAAGAUUAUUUUAUUUAAUUUUGUGAUUGUGAUAGACACCAGUUAGUUAAGAUAAUAAGAAUAAUGGCAGAAAUAUAGAUUAUAAAUUAUUGAAAUGACUGUAAUAAUUAAAUUAUAACUCAGUUCAAUAAAAGUGCACUAUUUUUAAUAAUAUAAAAGCCUUCAUUUAUCUUUCUUUCUUUCUGUCAUUCCGCUCUAAGCCCCGCCCAUUUGAUACAAAUGGCGAUUUUUUUUUGUUUUUGUAAAUAGAUAAUCUUUGCGCAGUUUUGAUCUCAAUUUAAAUUUUUCGAUCACCAUAUAAACCCAAAAUAUGCUCAUAAUUUAUUACGGGAUAACAUACUAGUUAUUGUAAUAAAAUCCUACAUUUUACAGUACUGCGAAUAAAAAAAAAAUUUCCUUAUUUUAUUUUCAAAGAUAAAUGCGGGAUUGUGGUUGCAUUGUUGGUUAAUUGUUGAGAAAUAUUUUAAGGGCUUUAGCAUCUUUCAUUCAGAUAAACGAGCUUGUGAAAAUGUCGUCAUGGUCAUUUAAAUAUUCACCACACACAAUACAAAACCAUGAGAUUUACAGAAACAUUUAUUUAGAAAAAUGCCCUUUUCCCUUUUCUCGUUUCAUGCGGUUAAUGACAUUUCAUAGUAUUAUCCUCUGUAGUUUUGUUUAUUUUUAAAAAUUUCAGGAUGAUUGUUAUUAAAGUUUACGUUAACCACAACGAUGUUGCAAAACAAAAAUAAUGUUUUACUUAAUUACAGCUUAUUCCGAUGUUUCUUUCUGUGUUCUUUAUCACGAAAACUCUUUUUCUAUCUAUCAAAGAUAAAUAAAUAUUUGCAAAUAGUAAAGCCACAUAAAAUAUAUUAAUCGGUAAUUAAAAAUUAGAUUGUAAAAGUUAAAUUCAUGGAAUUAAAACCAUGUUUUGGAUGUUAACAGAUUUUUUAAAUCACAUUUUAUUUAAUAUAUUACAGAAUCCAAUCAAUUACAAUAAGGAAAAAAAUAAUUUGCAUUUUUUCAUAAGUAAUAAUACUUUACAAAGGGACACAUUUAAUUUCAAUUUACGUUGGUUUUAAGACUUUUAUCAGUUUUAAGAGAAAUUUAUAUGAAGAAAAGUAGUUAUAAAGAAAAACAUCACCAUUAACAUCAGCAGCAGCAUCAGUGAAAUAAAAUAACAUGAGAAAGCCAUGCUUGGGUCAAUUAAUUUUAAUUACCGAAAUUUAAAUGGUUAUGCGGUGCAAGUAAGAAGUAUGAGGAGAAACCUUUUUUUUCUUUACUGGUAUUUGGCUAUGCUAUGAAGCGUCAAAUAACAAAAAUUAAAACAUUUGAAUUUUUGAGGUGAAGCAUUAUAAAAGAAUGAAAUUAAGAAAAGGGAAAAAGGACAACAACUUUAUUUACCCACGUUUAAAUUCAGUUGUGAGAAAAGAAUCAUAAUUUUUUAUUGCUGCAAUUGCACUAUGGGCCAGAAAUGGAAAAUUUUUCCAAAAAUUAUUUCUACAACUUAUAUGAUAGUCCUUAUUCUGUCCUACAUUUACGUCCUUAAAACUUUGCCUAAGUCGACAGCAUGUCCGAGAUAUGGCACUUCAAAGUUGGUCAGACGACCAUUUUCACGUUACAUUGAAAAUGCUCUCACCAGUCACUGGAUGGAUGAAUCUCCUUCAAUUUUUUUUUGGUAAUAGCUUUAAAUAGUUCCUUCAUUUUAAGGUAUAAACAAUUGCAAAAAACUUUGGAAAAUUUUGUGAAAAACUUGAUUUUUCUCAAAAACCACGUGUUCGUCAUACUUCCGUUUGUGUAGGUCUUCACAAGCACAACCAAAGUUACUAAUUUCUUUUUUAUAUUAAAGAUUACAUCAAAAGCUAUAACUUUUGCAUACAUGUCGUAUAAUUUUAACAAAGUUUUGGUAGUGAAAAAAAUUUUUUUUAUAAAAAAAACACCAAUUUUUUGACAAAAAUCGCUGUAGUGCUCCAGGGAUACCCAUGGUAGUGGAAUUUUAUUUCACAUUUAGAAAGCUCUCUGGAUAUGCUAUCAAUUAAUGCAGUAAAAUGAACAAGUGUUCUCUUGGCAAAGAGCACUUUUUUGACUCUGAAAGUCGUAUGUCGAGCAAGGUCAAAAAAGAAAAAUAAUCAUAAAAAUUUCAGUUUUAAGUAAAAUUUAAUUUUUUUAAGUUAGAUUGAUAGAUCUUUUUAAAACGCGUCUUUUGAGUAUAAAUAUGUCAUAGUUUUGUCAAGUUUCAUGAUCAGUUUUUUAAAAAAAUAGUUUUUUUCAAAAAAAAACUUGAAAAAUAAAGUAUUUGACUUUAGAAUUUCAUAAAAUGCAUUCUUUUUAACAUUUUUUUCACUAUUUUGUCUAGUUUUGCUCCUCGUUUUUUCCUAAACAUAAAUCAAUAAGAACUUAACAUAAUUGAAGCCAUUUGGAGGUU